UCUUGUACCGGUAGACGUGGUGACGUGUGUUUAAUUUUUGAAAAUGAAUCUACAUAUUUCCGUGUUAUUACUUUUCGUGUCAAUAUUAGGGGCGAACGCCUCUUCUAAAAGCACUCUAGUCCUAUUAGAUAACCAAGUUAUCAAAGAAACACAUUCGAUGUUCUUUAAAUCUUUACAAGAAAGGGGUUAUUCGUUAACGUUUAAAAUAGCUGAUGAUGCUGCAUUAACUUUAUCGAAAUAUAACGAAUAUUUGUAUCAAAAUUUAAUUAUUUUCGCACCAAGUGUUGAAGAAUUUGGUGGUUCAUUAUCGGUGGAGACUAUUACUCAAUUUAUUGAUGAAGGAGGUAACGUUUUAAUAGCUGGUAGUAGUUCUACAGGGGAUGUAUUGAGAGAACUCGCUUCUGAAUGUGGUUUUGAGGUUGAUGAAGAAGGAGCUUAUGUAAUUGACCAUCUUAAUUAUGACAUCACAGAUGAUGGUGAACACACAAAAAUUGUUGUACCUUCUGAUAAUCUUAUUGAUGCAUCAAUAAUUGUUGGUGAUAAAAAAGAAAUUUCUCCCUUACUUUACCAAGGUACUGGAUUAUUGGUGGAUCAAGAAAACGUUUUAGUGUUACCUUUAUUAACCGGGGAUAGCACCUCAUAUAGUUACAACCCAAAUCAACCUAUUAAAGAGUAUCCUCAUGCUAUUGGGAAAAGCACCGUUUUAAUUGCAGCUUUACAAGCCCGAAACAAUGCUCGAGUUGUUUUUAGUGGUUCCUUAUCUUUCUUUUCUGAUGAAUUCUUUACUGCGGGCGUUCAAAAAUCGCAAGGUGGUGAAAAGUUUGACAAAUCUGGAAACCAAUUAACUGCUAUGGCUAUUAGUCAAUGGGUUUUUAAGGAAACCGGCGAAUUAAGAGUUAAAAGUAUUAAACAUCAUAAAAUUGGUGAAAAGGAAGCUCCUGGAGAUUACACAAUCAUGGAAGAAGUGAUUUAUACCAUUGAAAUUGAUAUUUUCGAUAAAACCAACUGGAUCCCAUACAAAGCUACAGAUAUUCAAUUAGAAUUUGUAAGAAUUGAUCCGUUUAUUAGAACAACAUUGAAGCAUACAAAAGAUGGUCUUUAUGAGGCUAAAUUUAAAAUACCCGAUGUUUAUGGGGUUUACCAAUUUAAAGUAGAUUAUAACCGGGUGGGAUACACGCGUUUAUAUAGUACGACUCAAGUUUCUGUUCGACCGUUACAACAUACUCAAUAUGAAAGGUUUAUUCCAAGUGCUUAUCCUUAUUAUGUAAGCGCUUUUUCAAUGAUGUUUGGAUUGUUUGUAUUUUCGUUCGUUUUCUUGCAUUUUAAAGAUGAAUCAGUGAAGGGUUCAAAAGCUGAUUAAUAUUGAGGUUAUGGGGUUGUACCCAUUUUUUGAAGUUAAAUUCUAUUCAUUUUUUUUGUAAUAAAAGGAAAAUAAAUGAAAUUUUUAUUUAAAAA